AUGUCGCUCUGGGCAGGAUUCACCUGCUAUGUGUCGCAAGACGCCUAUACCUUUGUCCCGACCAACCGUGGCGAUCCCCCCCGUCCGCUGCAGAAGCUUGUGGUGAACCGCAAGCAGAAUGCACUGUCGCUGCAGAAUGUGGUGCCCGGUGAACAGGUGGUGAAGCCCGAGAAGCAGUUUAUUGUGCAUGGCAUUCUCGGCAUCAUUACGCUGCACACGACCGACUUUCUGAUUGUCGUGACGAACCGCAAGAAGGUUGCGUGCAUCGGCGGUGCGAAUGUGUACCUCGCCACCGACUUCCGUAUGCUCCCCCUGAAGAGCGACGCGAACCCCACGCUGCUGCGCCACCCCGUCGAGAAGCGCAUGCUGAGCCUCGUGAAAGAGUCGCUCUAUUCUGGCCCUCUGUACUUCUCCUACGAGUUCGACCUGACCAGCAGCUUCCAGCGCCAGGUCAAGGUCGGCGGUGGCGUGGGCCCCACGCGCGAGCCGCUGUGGAAGCGUGCGGAUGAGCGCUUCUUCUGGAACUACCGCCUGCAGGAGCGCCUGAUGCAGCACCCCGAGGACCUCUCGGCCUUUAUCAUGCCGGUCAUGUUUGGUUUCCUCGAGGUCAAGGUUGCGUCGAUCAACAGCCGUUCGUUCUUGCUCGGCCUGAUUGCGCGCCGCGCGCGCUACCGUGCCGGCACGCGCUACUUCUCGCGCGGUAUCGACCAGGCGGGCCAUGUGUCCAACUUCAAUGAGACGGAGCAGUUUGUGCUGCUCGACCCUCCCAAGAGCCCCGAGCCGAAGGACAUGGAGGACAUUGAGGGCAAGGCGCGCAUGAGCUUUGUCCAGACCCGUGGCUCUGUGCCCGUGUACUGGGCUGAGAUCAACAAUCUGCGCUACAAGCCCGACCUGCUGAUCCCCGAGGACCCCCGCACGCUGCCCGCUGCCGAGAAGCACCUCAGCGAGCAGGUGUCGACGUACGGCAAGAACUACCUCGUGAACCUCGUGAACCAGAAGGGCUACGAGAAGCCCGUCAAGGAGGCGUACGAGCGCGUGGUGGCGCAGCUGAGCAGCCCUCUGCUGCAAUACACCUACUUUGACUUCCACCACGCGUGCAAGGGCAUGAAGUUUGGCAAUGUCAAGCUCCUCCUGGAGCAGCUCGAGCGCGAGGGCCUUACGAGCAACGACUACUUUUCCCUCGACACGAACGGCGCGCCCCGCCUGCAGCUGCAAAAGUCGGUCGUGCGCACGAACUGCAUGGACUGUCUCGACCGGACGAACGUCGUGCAGAGCACCCUUGCGCGCUGGGUGCUCAACGACCAGCUGCGUAGUGUCGGCGUCAUUGGCCCGUCCGACACGGUGGAGAACCACGCGGAUUUCUUGCACGUCUUCCGCAACGUCUGGGCAGACCACGCGGACGUUAUCAGCAAGGCCUACUCUGGCACCGGUGCGCUCAAGACCGACUUUACACGCACCGGCAAGCGCUCGUUCGAAGGCGCGCUGCAAGACGGUGUGAACUCGCUCACGCGCUACGUGAAGAACAACUUCUUUGACGGCAAGCGCCAGGACGCCUACGAUCUCUUUACCGGCGCCUGGGACCCCGUGUCGCAGACGCCGUACGUUGACGAGCGCCCGUGGCUCGUGCGCCUGAUGCCGUGGGUGCUUGUACUCUCCAUCCUCUUUAUUGCGCUCUCGUUCGUGCUCGACGCGGACCCUCGGCGCCCGUACAAGGUGGACACGGGCCCGAUCAACGUCUUUGUCCUUUUCUGGGUGGUCCUUGCGGCGGUCGCGCUGCGCUUCAUCGUCAAGCGCGGUGUGCUCUACGUUGGCUGGCCGACGCUCAACCGCCCGGUGGCGCUCAUCGAGUACACCGGCCCGGGCUACUAUUCCGGCCUCAAGGGCCGCACCGGCACCCCCAACGACCCCAAGCGGCGCCUCGCCGCGAAAAAGGUCCAAUAG